GCGACGGAAUUCCAUGGCGUGUUCCCACAUCCGAUGGGAAUGACGUUCAUGGCUGAGAUGGAAUUCUCGAGGUUCCACCACCAUCUGCGCAGGUACCAGAGCUCCUUAUACCAAACCAAUUGGCAUCGUCAUGCGACCUCCUUCCUGGAAAGAGAUGCUGUUCAGAUUAUAAAUUCCACUUCUUGUGAGACACUUGCGAUUAUCUUCUAGCAGACUUCAAUCUGAACACAAUGCCCGAAGGAUUUCUCGCGUCCUUCUUAGGUGCUGUGCAAGCAUGUCUUUCCAUUCUUCUCGUCAUUUUCUACGGUGUACUCGCCACACAAUUCAAACUUUUGGAUGGACCUUCGGCGAAGAAGAUUUCCAAAGUCUGCGUGCGAAUGUUUCUGCCGGCCCUGCUAAUCACAAAAGUCGGGAGUGAACUUCACGCGGACACAGGGACAAGAUACAUCCCUAUCUUGAUUUGGGCACUUUUUUACAACCUCGUCUCCAUUGGUAUUGGGCUCCUCGCCGUCAAAUUUCUCAAGUUGCCAGCCUGGAUUACACCUGCCCUCGCGUUCAACAACACCACAAGCCUACCGCUCCUUCUUAUUGAGUCCCUCCAGUCCACAGGCAUACUCGACAAAUUGGUUUCGAAGAACGACGAUGCGUCAUCGGCUAUAAGCAGAGCACAGUCCUACUUUUUGGUUUGCGCCAUUGUAUCGAAUUGUCUGACCUUUGCGGUUGGGCCACGUUUGGUUGACGCUGAGAAUGCGCCGGACAAGGAGGAAGACGAUAAGGAAGACGACGGAGGAGAACAUCAAGACCAGGAGGGACACAGUCACUCCGAUGUUGAACAAGGACAUGACAACAAUGACGAGCUGACUUCGCUUCUCCCACAGCGUAUCCAUACUGGGCAAGAUGAAGCCCAGAAGCGCGCAUUCCACAUGGGGAAAAAGCAUUGGGCUAAGCUGUCUCCUCGCACUCAAAAAGUCUUACUCUUUGCCGCCGACUUUCUCAAUGCUCCACUGAUUGGAGCUGUCAUCGGAGCCGUCAUCGGUUUGGUCCCGCCUUUGCACAGAGUCUUCUUCAAUGAGAGCAUAGACGGAGGUAUCUUCAAUGCCUGGAUCACCGAGUCGUUGAAAAAGAUUGGACAGCUCUUCGUCACGUUGCAAGUCGUCGUGGUCGGCGUAUCUUUAUCGUCUUCCCUGAGGAAAAUGAAAAGGGGUGAACAGAAAGCGCUUCCUUGGGAACCAACGGUACUCAUUCUCGUGGUCAGGUUGCUCCUUUGGCCGAUUCUGUCCAUUGGCAUUAUCUGGGGCCUCUCUACCAAGACAAACGUCUUGUCCCAGGAUCCAAUUCUGUGGUUCGCCAUGAUGAUCAUGCCGGCUGGUCCUCCAGCAAUGAAACUGGUUGCCAUGGCCGAUGUCAGUGGAGCAGACGAGAAUGACAAGAUGACUAUAUCAAAGAUUUUGACGCUUUCAUAUGCGGCUUCACCAAUAAUGGCACUUACUGUCGUUGGUGCUCUGUAUGCCAGCCAAGACGCAAUGUCGCGGUGAUGGAAGUUAUAGUGAAAGAAUGGCGACGGCGACUUCUGGUCAGCCAGCGAACUACGUCUUUCAGCAUCUUCUUGGAUCCUUGCGGGAAUAUGACGUGCUUCGAUACCACUGAGAAGGUCCUGGCAGCAGCAGAUUUCACCCCAGAUGUUCACAUCAAAAUGUGGCCAUGCGAUUGCGGGUGUCGGAGCCGACUAGACACGGCCUCACGUUCAUACGAACAGGUUCUGAACAUGUCCGACACUUCUGAGAACGCCGAUGGUUAGGCAGACUUGGUCAUUGAUUGUGCGAAGACAAUUUCCGUUUUCUCGGGGCCAGCUGCAAAAUGUCUGGUCUGUACUCUUACCUACGGCGUGGAUGUAAACCCCGGACCCAGUAACAUGAAUCGAGACUGUCACCACGGUGGCGAGCACGAGCAGCGGGUGACUUGAUAUGCAAAGUGCCAUGAGAACGGCAAGUGGAUAUCCUAGCAACAAGCGAAGCACGGGGACCAGAUUUUUCCAAGGUCACCACUCCUAGACACGACGAUGACGAGAUCUUAUCUGGUUCUCAUCAAUCACAGUCGUCCACCAUCGUUGCAGGACCGAGACAGUGGAACAGGUAGAUCGAUGGUGUGGGCGCGGAGUGAACCAAGGCGAGGUUAGUUUGUUAGUGAUGGGACUAGCCCUGGAAGAGUGGGAAAUUGAUUGACAGGUUGUUGAUGGAGACUAGGUCGGCCGAUGACAUGACAUGCAACACCAUCGAAUGCUUCAGAGGGACAAAAAAAGCUUGGGAGAGGCUUGAAAGGGGAAGAAUCAGGGGUAAGUUCUAGAGGGUCGUGUACAGAGUAUUAAUCAUGUCCAGAUGUUGCAACUUGCCAGUCAUGGAAGAUAUCCAAAUUCUCAGGACAUGGUAGGAUAAUCAAUGGAAGAUGAUGUUGGAUGAUUUAAGAGAGAUUCGACAUGCAUAACACGUGCAUCAUACAGCCACAAGGCCAUCCACAAUUUCAUCCUUUGAUUCCUCCAUUGGAGCUCAGGCGGAGACAGAAGCAAAAGGGAUUGGCAGCCUUCAGUUGGUCUAAUCUGGCAAAACAGCCAAUCGACACCCCCAGAUUCGAGCUUGGUGGCUGAUUUCCAAAGGGCGCCAAUUGAAGGAAAAUGCAGGAGUUAGGCCUUGGGCUCUCACUAGCUGUGGCUAAUCCAGUUCUUCUGGGCCUUCUCGUAGCCUGACCCCGGCACCCGCAGG